ACUGUACCAAGGAAAAUGUGUUUAAACUUCUAAAAACUGACCUCUUCUGGACAGAAUAGUUUCUGUAGGUUCAGACUUACUCAUCAUCAAUAUUUUAUGUCUCGUGGGUUUCAUAACCAAAUGUAUGUAUAUAGCCCUUCUUACAUCAGCUGGUAUCUCAAAGUGCUAUACAGAAACCCAGACUAAAACCCCAAACAGCAAGCAAUACAGGAGCACGGUGGCUAGGAAAACUCCCUAGAAAGGCCGACACCUAGAGGAACCAGGCUAUGAGGGGUGGCCAGGCCUCUUCUGGUUGUGCGGGGUGGAGAUUAUAACAGAACAUGGCCAAGAUGUUAAAAUGUUCAUAAAUGACCAGCAUGGUCAAAUAAUAGUGAACAGGUCAGGGUUCCAUAGCCGCAGGCAGAACAGUUGAAACUGGCGCAGCAGCACAGCCAGGUGGACUGGGGACAACAAGGAGGCAUGGUCCUAGGGCUCAGGUCCUCUGAGAGAGAAAAAGAGACAAUUAGAGAGAGUAUACUUAUAAGACAGGAGAAAUACUCCAGAUAUAACAGACUGACCCUAGCCCCCCGACACAUAAACUACUGCAGCAUAAAUACUGGAGGCUGAGACAGGAGGGGUCAGGAGACACUGUGACCCCAUCCGUUGAUACCCCUGGACAGGGCCAAACAGGCAGGAUAUAACCCCACCCACUUUGCCAAAGCACAGCCCCCACAACACUAGAGGGAUAUCUUCAUAACAAGUCCAUAAUGACGAGACCGGAAUCAGUUCAAACAUUUAUCUUGAACAUGCUCAUCUCAACACAUAUUACCCAUGAUGCUCUGCCUAUACAACUACCUUAAGUAGGGAGGUGCAAAUGAUACAUCCCUAAUACACAACAAGUAACACAUUGGGAAAUGUCUGUUUCCUUUGCUUAAAAUAAAUAAAACUUAGAAUGCAAUGUAUUGUUUUGCUAGCAGCAGUGUAUAUGAUUUGGCAGUGCCUUGUUGCUUCCUAAGCAACUGAGCUGCUGGUCAGAGCCCAGGCAAGCCUAUACGGAGAGGUUACUACAGCCCUGAGGAGGCUGGCCAGCCAGGUGGGCGGGCAGAGGCAGGCUGAGCAUGCAGCAAGGAAGCUGAGAAGGGAGAGACUCACAUCCAUAGCUGCUGCACACAGCCCUCCAUCAGGGGGGACGCUCACGCUUGCCUGGACCAUGAGCAAUGAGUCUACCGUCUGGAACAACCUCACCGAGAACUCCACCGGGGUCCCAUUUGAGCCUGGUAAACAACAGAAUGGUUACGUCCUACUGCUGGUGCUCCUGUCCAUCUUCCUAGGGGGAACACUGGUCCUGCUGUCUGUCAUCCUGAUUGUCUCCAGACGCUGCUGUGAUGGAGACCGCAGCUAUAACAGUGCCAGCGACGACCCUGAGAAAACCAACACGACCUACACUGAGGCGUCUCAACCAGUCCAUGCAGAGAUCACCAUCCGGGUCGACGAGUCAGACUGCCUGUCGGCCGCCAGCUCCCACGUGGACAUGGAGACGGAGCGCUUCCUGUCCACGGGCACCCAGGGCGGACGCCGGGUCUCCUUCAACGAGGCGGCGCUCUUCAACCACGGCAGGAAGGCCCUGGAUAAAGGCCGCAGGUACACGUUGACUGAGGGUGACUUCCACCACCUGAAGAAUGCGCGACUCACACACCUCCACAUCCCGCCCCUGGCCCUCAAGAUCGUCACCAUCCACGAGUGUGAGUCAUCAGAGAUCAGCAUCGCCAUGACGACCCGCCCCGCCGCCAAGUCCAGCCUUUCCAUCUUCCAGCCGGCACUGUGUGCCCUGCGUCCCCUACCCCAGACAGCGUUGACCAGUCUGAGUGUCAGUCCCAGCUCAGCCCUCCCUGGGGACACCCUCAACUCGGUGGUGGACUCCAGCUUCAGUGAGAGUUCCCUGGUCCCGGGACCCAAGGAGCCCAGCAGCAGCAGCAUUGAGGUGAUGGUGUCUGGCUCCAGGAAUGGGGGCAGUCCGUCUUUGAGCGAUGGGGCGUCGGUGACGUCUGUGACGGGUGAGUCCCCUAGCGCGGGAGUGGGGCAGGGCCCGGUCCUGCAGUUCUUCACCAAGCUGAGGCGCCAUGCCAGCCUAGAGGGGGCCAGCCCAUACUUCAAGAUCAAGAAGUGGAAGCUGGACAGCAGCCAGCGGGCUUCUAGUCUGGACACCAGAGGGUCCCCUAAGAGGAGGCAGUUCCAGCGGCAGCGCGCCGCCAGCGAGAGCAUGGACCAGGAGGAUAACGACGCCCACCACAUGGACCUCAUCCAGUAUAUCGCCCGCACCCAAGACGUCACCUACCACCCCAGCCCCUCCGCCCGCCUCCUCUCCCCCAAGCCACCACCCUCCCUCGGCAGGUUAGAGGUGGAGGUGGUGGUGGAGCCCAGCUGCAGCAGGGGCCAAGUAGCGGGGUUGAUCGGCCUGUCCCCAGAGUCCCAGGACGAGGCAGCGAGCCUGGGGGACUGUAGACAGGAGAGCUUGUCCUCAGACCACCAGGCCUUGUACAGAGACAUCUGGACGCUCCGGGCCUCUCUAGAGCAGUACGGCUCCUCAGACCAGAUCAACAACGACAGGGACUCUGUUCGCAGCGACGCCGACAGUGUCAGCUCCCUGGGGGGCCGGACCGAGAGGGGGGAACUGCCCAGUAACCCCUCCCAGGACAUCGGGGAUGAACCCGAAGGGGAUGUAGAGCUGCCCAUGGAUGAUGGGAUGGGAGAGAAGGAAGAGAAGAAGAAAGGGGGGAAGCAGGACAGUGUGGAGUCAGAGAGGGUCAGUGACGGGGAGUCAGGCAAUCGUAAGCUCAUGCAGAUGGACAGUGGCUAUACGUCUAUAGAGGCUCCAUCACGGGCGCCAGAGGAGCUAAGACUGUUUGGCAGUAGUGGCAGUAUAGACAGGACGGCCCUGGAGAAGAGACACUACUUCACCAGUGCAGGGCACACUGGCACAGUGGGCGAGAGCUUCGAAGCCCGCAUCUUCGAGGAAGAGCCAGGCGAGGAGAUGCUGGUGGGGGCGAUGGGCGGCAUCGCAAUAGAAACGUCCAGGUCUCCCCUGGGCUGGUCUCCGUAUGGGCAGAUGUUCACUCCACGAGAGGCGCAGCCGCACUCCCACCCACCCUUAUCAUUACACCGCCGCGACUACAGCAUCGACAAGAAAACUGACGCGCUCUUCCAUGAGUUCCUCCGCCACGACCCCCAGUUCGACCAGCAGGAGUCACCGAGGAAACAUCGCUCGCGCAUCCACCUCCGCAAACAGUGGCAGCGCAACAAGCAGUACAGUGACCCGGGCGUUCGCUACCAGUGCCACUCCUUUGAGAGGCAGCGGACCCCCCUGCGACGAGGCGAUAGCGUCAACUACCCUCUGGACACAGGCUUCCACAGCAUACUGCCACGCAUCGUCAGUGCGCCUGAUGAGGAGGCCAGCGAGGGGGCCCCCAGUACACCCCAGAAGCCAAAGGCCGAGGUGGUGGCGGGCAGGGCAGGAGAGGUGGAGGAAGGAGACAGGAGGAGAGUGAGUCCCAGCAGUAGCUGUGGCAGCAGCACCGUGACCAUUAGAGACCUGGAAGGAAGGGCAUCCUGUUCCCCUCCCACUGUUCCGGAUAGAGAGGGCCUGCUAGGGGAGCAGCGCAACCCCCAGGAGGACACUAGGCAGGCGGUACACCCCCUUGAGGCCCCUUACGAGCCCCCCCAGCCUCCUGACACGGGCAACAGCCGACAGACCAUCACAGCCGAGCUGACGGACAAGCUGUGCGCCACUCUGGAUGAUCGGCUGUACACAGGCCUGCAACGGACCAAGGACACAGUGGUGGUGACAGAGUGUAUGGUGAAGGUCGUUCACGCCUCCCCCGACCGCAGCCCAGUGUAGCAUGUCUCCAGUCCUCCUCCACUCCUCGCUGAUCUUUUGCGUUUCAUUUGAUUUCAGUCUACGCCGGGUAACUACAAUUUCUCUGUCUGAAUUAGCUGGUCCCAGACCAGUAACAAGAAAACAGGCUACACUAUACAGUAUCAUGUAUGCUAUAUGAAGAAUACACCCCUAGAUAGUAUUUAAAGUACCAUAGUGUCUCUUACUGCUGUGAUUCCUUUCUCCUCUUAGAGAAGUGAUGAUGUAAAGAGCCAGUAUGCUCUCUGCACUAGUCUAUCCACUGUGAAACUAGGUGCUAUUAGCCUUGAAAUCAUCUCAAGAUCUGGAUACAAAGUUUAUCUGGGCGUAAUAGGACAGUCUUGACUGAUAGGCCAGCCAGGACUGUUUAAUUGUAAUGUGAUGUAAUUUAAUCUGAAUCUAUGGUACUUAGGAACAGAAACAGAUGAAUUAGGAAAUGCAUUUUUUUUUCUCCUCAUAAACGAUCAUUAAAUGGGUAUGAAGAUGCUGUCCUAAUUUGGUCACCAAAUAAAUUGCAGUAUCCAUAUUAGGACCGCCUCGUCAUAUCCACACUGGAUCAGAGAAUAUUCUUCAUCAAGUAUCCUUGUUGCUUAAUGUCUGGCCUCAUGUUUCCAUAAAAAAAAAGUCUUACUGCUUUCCAGAAAAGUGAUGGUUGUUAGGACAUGUUCUUUGUAUUUGUUGUUUGUCUAUACUUGUUUUACAUUUCACAGUUGGUUGUGACUGUAGUAACUGGCAUAUUGGAGGCCAGGGUUAGAACAACUUAGUUAGAACAACCUAAUUUCUGUGCCAAAAAUACCUUGUCAGCUAAUGGAGGCAUCUCAAGUGUUACUGAACCAGGGGUUGGAACUAAAACAUUUUUUCCAAUCGUAUAGUUUUGAACAGAACCGCAAAUCUUUCAUUUUGUUCCACAGUUCCGACCAGCAAGAGUUUAGAACCCCCCAAAAAGUACUGGUUUAUAUUUUUCCUUUUUUAACCUGUCAAAUCAUGUAUUUAAUUUCUUUACAUUUAGCUCAUUAAAUGACUUCUCCAAUCAGCGCAGACAGAGCAGGCAAGCUAGUUGUUUACAUGCGUGAUGGACAGGCAAGUGUAGCCUAUGGUGCAAAAUGCAACAGAA